CUAAUUGGCAAAACCACUCUUCACAGCACACCCUUGUUCCUGACGCAAAAUACCAGCAGAAUGAUGCUCAAGCCGCCAGUCCGCCGAGGAAUGAUGGAGCUCGACCGGGCUGCCUUCCAGUUGUCGUUUAAGGUGUUUGCGAUAGUAGUACCUACAAAAUCAAUCGGGCAGGCGAAGGUAGAGCUGGCGAGCGACAUUCUGAAGCUGGCGAAGCUGCGCAAUGUGGUCGACGAUGAUGCAAAGAGCAAGGACCUGAAGAAGGUGCUGCUGAAGCCAGAGAUCACGAGCGACGCGCUAGCUGAGGGCAGUGAGCGGCUGCGAGCGCUGGUCAAAGAGAAGCAGUGGCCGGUGACUACGCACGAGGUGACGGUGGACUACGAGCACUGGACAGCUGAUGAGGUUCUGAAGGCAGUGCUGCCAGAUCCAACGCAGGCGCCAACGUCGUAUGAGCAGGUUGGGCAUAUUGCGCACAUGAACUUGCGCGACGAGUACCUGCCGUACCGGAAUCUGAUCGGCCAGGUGAUUCUGGACAAGUCGCCAGUGAUCUCGACAGUGGUCAACAAGCUGGACACGAUCGACAACACGUACCGCAACUUCAAGAUGGAGGUGAUUGCGGGCAAGGACGACUUUAUGGCGCAGGUGCGCGAGAACGACUGCGUCUUCAAGUUUGACUUUUCCAAGGUGUACUGGAACUCGCGUCUGCACACUGAGCACGAGCGACUGAUCAAGCAGUUUACGCCUGGCGAUGCCAUCUGCGACGUGAUGGCAGGCGUGGGACCGUUCGCAGUGCCGGCGGCCAAGCGCGACUGCCUGGUGUGGGCCAAUGACCUGAACCCAGCGUCGUUUGCAGCGAUGCAGGAGAAUAUCCCUCUAAACAAGGUGCAGAAGCGCAUGCAAGCGUUCAACAUGGACGGUCGUGACUUUAUUCGCAGGGCGUUCAAGGAUUUCUACGCGGCCACCGAGAAGGGUCCUCUGGAGGUGCCGCAGACCCAGCGCCGAAAGAAGCCCGUGGCGCCGCUGCUGACCAAGUCCCGCACAUUCGACCAUGUGGUGAUGAACCUGCCGGCGAUUGCAAUCGAGUUCCUGGAUGCGUUCCGCGGCCUGUUCUGGAGUGUCACUGGCAACGAUGAGGGGUCGGCUGACGACCAGGCGGUGCCCAUGCCUGUGAUCCACGCCCACUGCUUCACAAAGCAGCUAGACGAGCCGGAGCGGGAUAUCCUGCAGCGCGCUUGCCGUGCCAUGGGCUACCCGCAGGACCAGUACAAGGAGCUGGACGCCGACGUUCACUAUGUGCGGCGCGUGGCCCCCAACAAGGACAUGUACUGCCUGUCGGUGCGCUUACCCAAGAGCGUUGCAUACGCAGCAGACAAGAAGGCAGAAGGGCGAGAAGAAGGCGACGCCAAGUGCCGGAAGGCCGAGUAGAACUUAUGCUUUGUGACAGCUAAUAUAACUGAAAGUUGCAA